AUUCUAUUGUAUUCUGUCAAAACUACUCAUUCUGUUCCAUCUCGAACUCGGCGAUUCUCGAAGCUCAACAAAUCGAUCUAUCGAUCAAUUCAUUGCUCGUCCUCGAUUUUGAUCCAUGGACUCCGAAGCUGAAUUCGCCGAUCACACUCCGUCAUUCGAUCGUGUGAAAGAUGUGAUCAAGGAUACUGAGGUCAAAGGGUUCAACCCAGGAUUGAUAGUCUUGCUUCUUGUUGGUGGCCUACUAUUAACGUUCCUCAUUGGAAAUUAUGUACUUUACAUUUAUGCACAAAAGACUCUUCCUCCAAAGAAAAAGAAGCCAAUCUCCAAGAAGAAGAUGAGGAAGGAGAGACUGAAGCAAGGUGUUUCAGCACCUGGGGAAUAGACAUUUUCGGCAAUAUGUAAUGUUUCCGCUGAUUUAGGCUGAGUUGUGUUCAAAUAUCACCCUCCUUGUCUGGUACCAUUUGUUGAGAGAUGCUUGCACUUUUCCUAGUGUUUUUCUUUCAUUUUCCCCUCUUCAGAUUGGAUAGAAGUUUAGCUUAAUAAUUAGAGAUUACUUCCAAAAUGAUACUUGUGUAAAAGUGCUGUUUGUUCUGGGUGAUAUUCUCCUGGUUUUCUUUUUUUGUUAGGUAGGGUUAUUGCCAAAAUUGUGGUUGCUUUUAUAACCCAUUUAAAUCAGCUGAUUAUAAUUCUUCGACUUGAAUA